AUGAACCACGAUACAUUUUCGCCAGUCAACGAAAAUGGAAGCUUUGAAUUCGACCGCGUCCUGAAGUCCAAGAAAGUGAACCGCCGAGUGAAGCCAAAACAUGUAUUCAGAGCCUUCUGGAAGCCUGCUUAUCUUGUUCUCCGACCGAACUUGCUAUCCGUCUACAAGGAUGAGGAAGCGACUCGACUGCGAGCGUCCAUAUCACUUUCCGAGGUUACAGCUGUCGCGCCCAUCAAGUCGCACCGUUCGUCCCGACAGUAUGUCUUUGCCAUAUUCACUUCUUCGAAGAAUUACCGUUUCCAAGCGUUGUCAGACAAGGAUAUGGAGGACUGGCUUGCGCGGAUACGUGCUGAGAGCCGUAUAAACGAGGAUGAGGAGGCUCUUCUUGCUCUGUCCAAGAAGCAGGGAAAGCAGGACCCCGCGGCUGCCAACAAGCAGCGCAUCUAUGACACCACCGACCAUUCUGAUUUUGAAAUUCGGGAAAGAGCAAGCUCUCCUGAGUUUGGUCGUGAGCUGCCUGCUAGUCAUCGUCCAAAGAGACUUGUCGCUCCGCAUGACUUUUCGGCAAAUGAUAUUACCUCAUACUCUGAAUGGUCCGACGGACCUGGAGAUAACAAUGAACGGGCAACCUCUAAACCUUCAGUCAAUGAGCUGUCCUCUUCCGCGCCGGCAAUGCAGCAGUCCCCUCUUGCGCGCGACGCCGGUAGAAUUCAUGAGAUAGGUAUUCUGCGCGACCCUGAACGGGUCAUCUGCAGCCAGUACCUCCAGUGUCUCAAGAUAAAAGGUGGCGUGCGACACUGGAAACGCCUAUGGGUCGUACUACGAGCGAAGAGUCUUGCUUUUUAUAAGGACGAGCAGGAAUACUCUGCCGUCAAGAUCAUCCCAAUGGCGCAAAUCUUUGAUGCCACAGAGGUUGACCCCGUGUCGCGGUCCAAGAACUUCUGCCUUCAAAUCAUCGCAGAAGAGAAAAUAUAUAGGCUCUCCACUCCUGACGAAGAAUCCCUCACGAAAUGGCUUGGUGCUCUAAAAAGUAUCGUCGUCGCGCGGAAGAAACUUGCGCCAGCAACCAACUAA